AUGGUUAAAGUUAGUCCGUCAGAUCUCAGUCAGGAGGAACUUGAAAUUGGACUCUUGGACUGGGUUUCUGACGAUGAUGAAGAGUUUGAUAAAUCACAACUAGAUAGGUUUUAUGAACUAGAUCCGCCAGUCACUCUCGAUAAAAGCUUUAAAAGAACCUUAAUGGUUUUGGGAUUACCAGUUGUUGGACCGGAAAAACAUGACAGACUUCGUGAUGUAGUUCGGAAAACAAUAACCAAAGAACUGGAGAAAAAAGGAUGUGAGAUUCAAACGCCGUUUGUAUUGGAGAUACCAACGGAUAACAGUAAGCAGACGAGAGGGUUAGCGUUUUUUACGUUUGGGACUCCAUUUGAGGCGAAUAUGGCCUUGAAGUUCAUAAACAAGUUUAAACUCGACUCAUCUCACGCCUUUAAGGCUAUUUUGUUGGACAACUUCGACAUGAUCGUGAGUGACGACAACAAGUGUGUGCCUCCACUAAAGACCUUUGGCUUUACAAGGGAGGGUAUUAGGGACUGGUGGACUAUGGGAGAACGCAUGAGAGACCAGUUUGUGAUUAGGUAUGCAGACAAAACUGAGGUGUACUGGUUCGACUCAGUCCACAGAGAACCAAAAUUAGCAUACGACGGCUCAAGAGAAAGAGCUGAAGGUAGAAGAGCGUGGGCAGAUCAGAAAGUUGAGUGGAGUCCCAACGGCUCCUAUUUAGCAGUUUACAAGUGGGCAGGAAUAGCUCUUUACGGUGGAAAUAACUUUGAGCUGAAAAUAAGGUUCGAGCAUAAGAAUGUAAAGAACAUACAAUUCUCACCUUGUGAAGAGUAUCUUCUCACCUGGGAUGGGUUAAAGGGUGAGGAUAGGCAUGAAAGGUCCAUUUGUAUUUGGCGGGUUAUCACCGGUGAACUUUUGAGGAGUUUUCCAACACCUUUAAAGUCACCAAAAGGCGGUGAUUUCCCUCAUCUCCUUUGGAAUAGGACUGGAAAAUACAUUGCAAUGUUGAACCAGUUUUCGGAGGGCAGUGAAGUCAUGGUUUACAGACUACCUGAGAUGACACUCAUUGAAGGACCUGAUGGGAAACCAGCACCUCUCAAAUACGCCGCCGAAAAAUUCGAUUGGUCUCCUCAAGACGACAUCCUCUCCGUCGUUAUUCCAGGCUCUUUAGAUACCCCAGCGAGAUUGGUAUUGGUUGAGAUUCCUUCAAGGCGUGAGUUGAGUUCAAGGAACGUGUACAACGUCUGUGAAGUUGCAAUGCACUGGCAUUCGAAAGGCGAUUGCCUAUGCCUAAGGACGACGAUAUCGAAGAAGACUGGAAAGAAGGGCAGGAAGCAGUUUAAUCAGCUUGAAAUAUUCCGUCUGAGAGAAAGAAACAUACCAGUUGAUACAAUACAAAUACAAGAUGCAACUGUUAAACAGUUACACUGGGAAGAAGGCGGAAGUAAGAGAUUUGCGUUGAUUGUUAAGGAUGAGGAGACGAGAAGCCACUCCAUCAGAUUUUACAAGGUCUCUGAUGUCGGAGCUACUAGAGACACUGUCUGGACAACGACAUUUGAUAUUACUUCGCAAUUGAACCAUAUGCAAUGGUCACCAGCGGGAAAUUACUUUGUUCUGGGCGGAUUAGGCGCAGAAGGCUCACUCUUCUUCUGUGCAUUAAACGAUAACGACAAAGUCGACGUGUUGUAUAAGGAUGAGCAUUUUAUGAUGAAUACGAUAAGGUGGAGUAGUUGUGGAAGGUACUUGGCAACAUGUGUGAAUGUGCCGAUGCCUCAACAUAACGCCACAACUUCAGACUCAUUCAGGUAUAGUGCAGAGGCUGGAUAUUGUCUGUGGACGUUCCAGGGCAGACUACUGUUUAAGGACAGGAAGGAGAAUUUUUACAGCUUCGACUUCAGGCCUCACCCAACACCUUUACUCAAGAGGUCGGAAAUUGAAAAGAUUAAGAAGAACCUGAAGGAGUACACCAAGAAGUACGACCUCAUCGAUGAGAAAGAGAGGAAAGAUUACAGAGACUCAUAUUUACAGAAAAGACAAAGUAAUCUCGACGCCUUCAAACAAUUAUACUCAUCACUCCUACAAUGGUACACCUCACAGGAUAAUUAUUUGGAGUUCAAGUCGGGCUGGGAUAAGUUUUUGAACCCGUUGGACUGGGAAGUGACGGACGAUGUAUAUCAGGAAGUGAUAGACAUAAAGGAGGAAGUUUUUGAGUAA